AUUUUUUUAGAUUUAAUCUUAACUACUCUAGUUAAUACUUUUGAAUUCUUCAAUAUUAUCUGCUGUCUUGCUUAAGGGACAAUUUUCCUGGACAGAAUAGAUUGAACGACUGGACAGCAAUGGUUUGCGAUAAAUGUCAGAAAAAACUGGGAACAGUGGCGACACCUGAUCCAUGGAAAACGGGAGCCAAGAAUACAAACGAGGGGGGACGUAAGAUCAAUGAAAACAAAGCUUUGACUGGGACGAAGAAUCGAUACAAUCCAUACAGCAGCGGAAAGUUUAAAAAAUGUCGGAUAUGCAAAUUACAAGUUCAUCAAGUUGGCUCUAAUUUUUGUCAAGGUUGCGCUUAUAAGAAAGGAAUUUGUGCAAUGUGCGGAAAGAAGAUUCUCGACACAAAAAAUUAUCGACAGUCUUCAACGUAACUGAGAAUGGACAGAAUCGCACAACUUGUAAAUCCAUUACUGAAUGGCAUAAUAUCAGCAGGCGGGACGUUCAAAGUUGAAUAUUUUACAAAUUUGUAAAAUUUGCUGAAAGCAAGGUCUCCAGGAAAUGGAGGAGACUCUUCUGAUGAACUAACUGGGCCAGCUAAUUUAAAUAUUUUACGAAUUUGCGCUAAGUGAGGUCAUUCAGAAAUUAAGGAGACCGAUCCUUGGACCAAUUUACAGACAAAGGUGCUCCAGUAGUAUGUUCACCAAGAAGACCUGAACUUAGUAUGUGUACCAAGUUAGGGUUAUCAGGUUGUGCGCCAUGUUGGUUGUUCACCAAGAAGACCUGAACCUAGUAUGUGUACCAAGUUAGGGUUAUCAGGUUGUGCGCCAUGUUGGUGCACAUACUACGGAAGCGCCAAGAAAAAACUACAAAAGCAUAGAAGAAGGAUAAGUAGUUAGUCUCGCAGAAACCAAAUAAUCAACAAAACUAUUGUGUUGUCAAAUUUGAAUAUUUAACACUUUUUUUCUUAAACAAAUUGGCUCAAAGUUAGGUCACUCAGAAAUUAAGGAGACUUAUCUUUGUAUGAAGUUCUACUAAUGUGGACAAAUCUGAAUAUUUAACAUUUUUAUUUUCAAUUUGUUCAAAGCAAUGUCACUGAUAAAUAGAAGAGACUCCUCUCUGAGCGAAGUUACACUCGACCACUAACUGGGCAAAUUUGAAUAUUUUAAAAAUCUUCAGGUUAUUCAGGAAUUAAUGAGACAUAUUUCUGUAAGGAGUUAAACGAUUUUAUGACUGAAUGCAGCUGGGCUUCUUGUUGAUUUAAUAUGCCAGAGGAUUGCUGGACUUCUCGCCGUCGUAGGGUGGUUCACGUAAUUGCUGGCGGAAUAAUUGCCAAGUUGGAAUAGCUAAUUUGGGAGAAUUUGAAUAUUUCAAGACUUUUUUAAUUAAGUAA